GUUUCAGAUUUUCUUUGAUUUUCUUUUUGUGAAAAACGAAAAAUAUAAAAGUCAGCAAAAUUUCUUAUGUAAGUUUUCGCUUUAUUUGAUAAAUCGCCUCUAAGAAACAUGCUAAAUUAUAUUCAUCAUGAAUAUUGUUUCCCUAACUUUAGAAUAUUAAAUUUUAAUAGUAUUUGAUAAAAUCGAAACAUGAAGUCCUUGAAAAUCCUAUUCGUUUGCAUUGGCAAUACUUGUCGUUCGCCAAUGGCGGAAAGCGUCAUGAAGCACUGGGUACAAGAAUACGAUCUCAGCUGGGAAGUGGACAGCGCUGGCCUGAGAACGUGGAAUGUAGGCCGUAAGCCAGAUGAUCGCUGUAUCAAGGUACUGGCAGAGAAUAGCCUUACAACAGAUCAUGUGGGAAGACAGAUUACCAUAAUGGACUUCUACAACAAUGACUAUAUUCUCGCCAUGGAUGAGCAUAAUUUGCAUGAGCUAGAAACCCUUGCGAAGGAUUCCAGCCAACAGCGUUGCGCAAAAGUCGAAUUACUGGGAAAGUAUAUUGACCGCGCUGAAGACCAAAUUAUACGUGAUCCCUAUUUUUGCAAUUCAAUAGGUGGCUUUCGAUGCGCUUUUCUGCAAAUAACCGAAAGCUGCCAAAAUUUCAUAGCGGAACACAUGUAUACUGAUUAGAAACACUUUGGAAAUAUUUAAAAUUGUAAAACGUACCUUAAAUGCAUGCUUAAAUGUACAAUGAAGUAGUCAUUCAUAAAUUUCAUGUAAAAAAUA